GAGCGAGUGACGUAAGUAUGGCUAAAUUUCGCUGCGAAAUGCCAAACGGUUGUUGUCAACGAUUCUCCUCAAAUGGGUGUUUUGAUCGUAAACUUAGGGGGUUCGAGGAGGACACGAUGACAAAGUUCAUCGUUUGGACGAAAGACAAGGCUUUUGGUGUGGACGGUGAGAUUUAAAGCAGGUUUCAUUUGUGGAAACUCCAAUAUGUUCCUUUUGACGGGAUACCCUUCAUGGUGGUGGGGAGGAGGGUCUACUCCUGUCACCGAGGGGUAGACUAACACAAACAUGAAAAACUGACAAGACAACUACAACUGGUUGAUGACCUCUCAGACCAUUGUUAUGAAGAGAGGCGACGUCUUCAAGACUCAAAGAAAUUGGACUGCCCAGCCAGAAUAUAUGUGGUUCAUCUGAUCAGAUUCCCUGAUUACAAGAUACCUGGUGACAUUCAUAAACAGAGGAAGGAGAGAUCUGCGUGUCUGAGAUGUGCCUUAACAAAAAAACCAUCAGCAGUGAAGCUUGAGGAGCAAUAUGUUGCCUUCUUCCCAGGGAUCGAGGAGCACAAAAACCAUCCUGUGGUAGGAGAGGUUCGUGAGCCAGUGGACACUAGCAGCACCCCUCCCAAUGACAGCAUCACUCCUCACAAAGACACCAGUGAUCCUCCCAGAGACUCCAGCACGACAAAGAAAAGGCAAAGGUGUGAGCUCUUACUGCGGGAAAUUUCAGCUCUCACUUACCAUCUACAGGAAGAGCCAUUUCUGGACUCCUUGACUUUUCGACUGAAUGACCUUUUAGAGGAUGUGAGGCAUCAUACCCCUCACAAUGAAACCCUUUCCCUGUCUUACACACCUCCAUCUAAAAAAAAUUGAUACCUCAAAACCCUCAGCAUAAUCCCCAAAAAACAUCCAGCUCUUGAAAGUUUGGCCAUUGUGCUGAAGCAGUGAAAGCAGGCUGCAAGCCUUAAACGCAGAUGUAAUGUAGUUUUUUGCUUGUUGCGUUAGGUUCAAUAUCUGCAUGAUAUUCUUA